AUGUACAGCGGACAAUACAAACCACGGCCACGACUAAAACUCUUUUCCUUAUCAUUCUAUCCCCCGCGCAUUCCCUUCACCAUCUACUCUUUUCUUCUUUUACUUCUAUUCACAGUUCCACAUAUAGCGGCUCAAGUUCCAACAAACUCCAUUUCUCAAACGCCAAAACCCACAACUUUAGUUCCACCUAAAAUCGACUACAACAAUACUAAUAAUAAUGGCAUAUAUGAAAUAGAUCCAACUGGCAGUGGAAUAUUAUUUGUGUCGGGAGUGGUCACUUCGUUUAUUAACAUUUUCGGAUGUAUAGUAAUAUUCGUAUUAUCGUAUCGUACGUCCAAAAAUUUACUAGAACCGCUCUCACCGACACAGCGCUUUCCAUUAUACAUGGCAGUGCUAGACCUUUUGACAGCAGCAUUCAUCGUCCCCAACUUGUUAUAUCCAAUGAUUCAUAAUAAGCUUCUACCAGGAGUAUGGUGUAAGGUCAUGGGUUUUGGAUUGUCAACAUUGAUUAGCAUGAACAUGAUGUUAAUGGCCAUUAUUGCUGUCAUUACAUAUUUGAGCGUCUGUCAUAAAAAGUCUGGGGCAGCUGGGGCUAAAGAUUGGGCACUGUUCGCAUCUACUAUCUUGCCUUCACUCUCUAUAGCCGUUAUCACUUUGGCAAUGAACGGAUAUGGUCCUGAUACCUUUUGGUGUUUUACUCAACGCUCAGGGUCUGGGAGCCAAGUAAAUCUUGUCGCAAUGGUUGCUUUUGCAUAUAUUGUGACAGCCAUAACAACGUUCUGCUAUUUGAACGUAAUAAAACGAAUUCACAACGUAGAAUCACUACUAUCCGCUGGAAUCUUUAAAAAGUCGCCUAAAUCCACGUCACGACGCACUUCAGAAAUCCCGAUGUAUAACCUCAAUUCACCGAGUAUAAGCGAGAGAUAUGAUGAUAGGAGAAAUAACCGAAGCAUUAACAAAUCCGCAUCAUACCAAGAUUUAAGCCUACCAACAGUCUUAAUGGCCUCUACCGUGCAUAGAAAUUUGACAAAAGCUGAGAAGCGAGUCGCCUUUAAAGUAACUCGCGCUACACGCAGAAUGUCGUCUUAUAUCUUCCUACAAUUGAUCCAGUACACGCCAGUGAUUAUAUACUGUUUAUGUUUACUGGUAGGUGCGAACGCAGCAUGGGUGUAUAUUUUAACGAUCACGAUUUUAAAUCUUGGUGGAGUAGCGAAAGCUAUCGCAUACGUACGGAACGAGCAUAUGGCCUUGAAGCAAUCGACUGUGAAUCCGUCAAAGGAAAAAGCGUCACCAGAGCAUAGCAGAAGAACUACAUUUCGUUCAGUAUCAUCUUCAAUAUACGAAAGUUCGAGGGAAUACUUGUCUCCUAUGACGAGGACGUUCAAAACAGGCAGUUCGAUUAGUUUUACGUCAUCUGUUGGAGAGUAUAGUGAUGAUGGGUCGAACGGAAUGAUUCCGAUAAUUUUAUCGCCAACAGUUAGUGAAAUGUCAUCUUCCGCGCGGGCUCUACGAGAAGGCGACAGAUAUUCAGAUCAGUAUUCCGAUAACUGCUCUGAUAGGUAUUCUGGUAGAUACUCCGAUAGAUAUUCAGGUGGAUACUUUAAUAGGUACUCCGACGAUCGGUCCACUAUAGCCACUACAGUAGAUUAUCCGCUUUCCCCAGUUCCGCCCUCCCCAGUCUCUUCCUGUUCGGCUCCACUUUCCCCAGUCUCUUUUUAUUCAGUACCACACUCUCCAACCCCGUCCUCUUCAGCCUUGUCCUCUCCUCUGCUUGAAAUAUUUCCCCGACCUCAAACUGCGGUUCUAGCCCACCGAACAACUGCAACAGUGAUGAACGUUGUCUGGAACCGUAGCGGGGAUGGUUCUGAAUCUGCUAAUGCAGUCAACCGUCCGGUGGAAGAAGGAUAUAUUCACGCAGACGAAGAGAAGGUGGAUCCAUUUUUGCAUUCUGGGUGGACUGAAGUUGAGGAUGAGAACGAGAGUAUCACUGUUAAUGACGAAGACCGAAUGUGA